GUUCUGCGGGGUGCUGUUGGAGCCUCUUUAUACUGGGGACUCCAGGAAGACUGGGCUGCUGCCAUCCGCGUCGCCGCCCUGGACUGCGCGGCGGAGGAGAACCACGAGGUGUGCCGAGCCUACGACAUCCACUUCUACCCCACCUUCCGGUAUUUCAAGGCGUUUACAAAGGACUUUACCACUGGAGAAAAUUUUAAAGGGCCCGACCGAGAGCUGCAGACCGUGAGGCGGACGAUGAUCGACUUCCUGCAGAACCACACGGACGGAGACAGGCCUCCCGCGUGCCCACCUCUGGACCCCGCUCGGCCCAGUGACGUCCUUUCUCUCCUGGACAGCCGCGAUGGCCGUUACGUGGCCGUCCUGUUUGAGAACAGCAGCUCCUAUGUGGGCCGUGAGGUGAUCUUAGACCUACUUCCGUACGAGAACAUCGUGGUGAAAAGAGUGCUGAACGGAGAUAAAGGCUUCUUGGAGAAAUUCGGUGUUUCUUCUAUUCCCUCCUGUUACUUGAUUUACCCAAAUGGGACGCGUGGAUUAAUUAACGUCGGGAAGCCCCUCCGAUCGUUUUUUUCCUCUUAUUUGAAGUCGUUGCCGGAUGUGAGGAAAAAAAUGCUUUCGUUGCCUGAAAAACCCAACAAGGAAGAAAAUCCUGAAAUCGCGGUUUGGAGAGAAUUUGACAGGUCGAAACUCUACGCCGCGGACCUGGAGUCGGGCUUGCACUACGUCCUGAGGGUGGAGCUGGCCGCCCACAAGUCCCUGGCGGGGGCCGAGCUGCGGACACUCAAGGACUUCGUCACUGUCCUUGCCAAGCUGUUCCCCGGCCGGGCGCCGGUCAGGAAGCUGCUGGAGACGCUGCAGGAGUGGCUGGCCAACCUUCCCCUGGACAGGAUCCCCUACAACGCCGUCCUCGACCUGGUCAACAACAAGAUGCGGAUUUCUGGAAUAUUCCUUGUUAAUCAUAUAAAGUGGGUUGGAUGUCAAGGAAGCCGACCAGAGUUCAGGGGUUACACAUGUUCUCUCUGGAAAUUGUUCCACACUCUGACUGUUGAAGCCGGGACCCACCCAGAGGCGCUGGACGGCACAGGUUUGGAGGCUGACCCCCAGGCGGUGCUCCAGACCAUCAGAGGCUACGUCCGCACCUUCUUUGGCUGUAAGGGGUGCAGCCAGCAUUUUGAGGAAAUGGCUAAAGAAUCCAUGGAUUCCGUGAAAACCGCAGACCAAGCGAUUCUCUGGCUUUGGAAGAAACACAACUUAGUCAACAGCCGUCUGGCAGGCCAUCUGAGUGAGGACCCCAAGUUUCCGAAGGUUCCGUGGCCCACCCCGGACCUCUGCCCAGCCUGCCACGAGGAGAUAAAGGGCCUGCACAGCUGGAACGAGGACCAGGUGCUUCUGUUCCUGAAGCGGCACUACGGCGGUGACAAUCUCGUGGACACGUAUGCAGCGGACCAGGGAGACACGGGCGAAGGAGGCAGCCCGCCCCAGGGCAGGGAGCCGGAGCGAGGCCUCGCUUCCCCAGAGAAGCCCCGGGGAGACCAGCGUGCCGAGAGUCUCCGUCCACCCCGCGCGCUCCCUCCCGGACCCCGCCUGUCAGACGGCUCGCGGCUCGGCCUGGAUGGGAGGCUCCAGAGCCCGAGCGGGGCUGAGGGCCGCAGGGAGGUGGAGACGGCCGUGCCCUUUCUCGGGAUGGGCUUCUCCAGCCUGGACAUGAGCCUCUGCGUCGUGCUGUAUGUGGCCUCUUCCUUGUUUCUGAUGGUGAUGUACUUUUUCUUCCGGGUGCGGUCCAAGCGAUGGAAGGUCAGACAUCACCGCCCGUCCGUGUAGAACCGGGCAGGACCGCAGAAGCGCCUUUGGAAAAACAGCCCCACCCUGCCACCCACAGCUUUAAUAAUUAAGAUCAGGGAUUUUAUAAACAUGUCAGACCCAGUGUCACGUCCACUGGCGGCUUGGGCUCCAGGCUCUCGUCUCACAGACGGUCUUCCUGUGGAGGACAAGCCGGUGUUUGCUGUGGGACCGCCUGCCACCCUGGCACACUCCCCGGACGCCUUUAUAGACCAACGGCAAAAACACGUCUCUGUUCUUACUCUUCCAGGUCUAAAAAACACGUGGGAGUCCAGGCCAAACGAACAGAAUUGUUCCUGCCUGCCUUCAUCCUGAGUUUCUAGACGCACGUCGCGUCCUGCAAGCCUGGCUUGCGUUCCCGAGAACAACCGGGCCCUUCCGCGCCCUGGGAGUCCACCGGGCAAUUUCACGCGGCCAGCCUCGGCCCCGCGGAGCUGGAGCGCGGCCCCCAGCACACCUCACCCUGGCCGCGCCUCGAAGCCAGUCUGGUUCUCAGAGAUUCGUUUGUGUUAUGCUUUUUAGCUGCUCGGUUGUUUCUGCUGAAACGAGAGCAUCUCCGUGGUGCCGAAGCGGCUCAGAACCAAAGGGACAACGCCUCUGUCACCUCCCACCUCCGUGCUCUGCAGGCAGCUUUCACUGCACAUGCAGAGUCCAGCAGGAGGAAGAGAAGAGGAGGGUUUAUGGCUUUGCUGCCUUGCAAAGAACCCCACUGUCAGGCUGCCUCGGGUGGGGGCGGGGACGGGAUGGUGGCAAAGGCAGUGCCUUUGUUUGUGAAUCUGGUGGCAGGAGAUCGCUCAGUGACCAUGGGCCGUCCCCAGCUGUCUGUGUCCGGGCACUGAGGGCAGAGCUCUGCAGGGGAGGGGUGUGGGGUAGCCUCGCCUUGGGAGCCAAGUCCCUAGGGGACCUUUCAAGGAGCCCUUCAUCCUCUGUGUCCCGUGGUCCAGCAGCUGCAGGGCCUGCUGCUGAAGGAAGCAGAUGCUAGAACCCAAGGCCCUGGUGACACGGCAAUGCCCAGUGGCCCCCAGAACCUUUAAGGCCAAAUUCCAGAUUUCAUUUCCUUGAAGCUGUUUUACCAAGGGUCCUGGCACAGGGUUCCGGUCCCCCAGGCUUCGGUGAUAGAUUUUUUUACCAUUUAGUGAUUUUAACACAUUAUUUGUAAAACCCAAAUCAUUUAGAGGUAAGUUUGCCUCUGGAGAUGUAAACAACAUAAGCAAACUUGGCCAUUGUCGUGAGAUCCUUCCUGACUGUCGGUUUGUCUACAAGCUGAGACGUGUCUGCGCGCUCCUGUCACUAGGACGGUUGUAAAUAGUCUUUUUCACUUUGCGAACUCCCGCUGACCAUGGGCGCGUCUGUGGGGGCAGCCAGAGAGCUGCCAGGAGCUUGAGCUCCGGGGGGGAUUGGGGACAGGACGGGGCAGAGGACGGACAGGGACUGGAUGGGGGGACGGUGGGGGACGGGAUGGACACGGGGACAGGGAAUGGAUGGAAUGAGGGAUGGGAGGACAGGACCUGGGACAGGGAAUGGGGGACGGGAUGGGGACAGGGAAUGGGAGGAACGAGGGGCAGGGGAUGGUGGAUGGGACGGAGGGACAGGGAGACGGGGCACCCGGAUGGGGGAUGGGGAGAUGGGGCACAAUCUGCAGCCUCUUGUCAGCUGCUUGGCUUCCGUGGCUUCUCUGCCUCCAGAGGUUUCUUCUCCUUGGACGCGUUUAACUCCAGAAGCCUGAGCGCUCUGUCAGUGCUCCUGCGCCUGGGUUACUGAGGAUCCUGUCUUGUUUCCUCUCUUCCUGAAAACCGGCCAGAUUCACCCACAGAAUCCGAAGGGAAAUUCUUAGCACCGUGAAUGCAACUGCCUUCUGGUUCGUGUCCCAUGUGUUUCCUCCCCUAAAGUAAGUUUGUGCGUGCGGCGCGGCCCGGGAUGAAGAUGCAGAUGCCGGAUGCCGUGACCGCUGCAAGACCCAGGGACAGCCUCGCGGGGUCAUGAUAAUAUGCAGUUUGAGGUCGCCACUGUUUGAGGGACGAGUUUGCGAUUCCCCGAGUUGCCACUAGACCGCGAGCGGUCUGGUCUGGGUGGUGUAGUACCAAGGCGGCCAUGGGAUGUGUGACUCGUGUGAGGGUGUGAACGUGGCCACACGCCUCAUGUGGCCCGCUAGGAACUGGACACUACCUUUGGGCCAAGUUAAGGUGUGUUUUCUCAAGUUGUAAAUAUUGAGACUAAUGAAUAGUUUGGUAAUUUAAAUGUGUAUUUAUUUUUAAUGGAAGGAUUUUGAUUAAAAAGAAGCAAUUUAAUUGA